AUGAUGUCAAAAAUUGUUGAUGAUUUACGCCUUCCACCUAAUAGAGAGGAGAUUGCUAUUCGUUAUGUACUAUCAGGACGGGUGGUGUCUCGCAAUGGAAUUGCUGUUUUACGGUAUUUUCCUUACUCAUUAUUACUAAUAGCAAAGCCAAGUAAAGCUCAACGAGCUGGACUUGGCAGAUUUGAUAAAUUAACGAAUUAA